UGUUUUGAUCUUCAUAUGUCAUUACAUUCAAAAUGUUCCACUAAAUUUAUAAUAAAUAAAUAAAAAUCAUGAUUAAAAAAUAAAUAAUCAUGUGGGUGUAUCUCAAUUUUAUUUUGGAUUUUAACAGUGAGGACUGUUGAAAUGAUGAAAAGGCUAGGUGGAGACUUCCCUGAAUAACAGUAGAUACAAGUAUGAGUCAGUGACACGCAUCACUUGAGAGAGCUUGCGUGGACUGUGGUAGUUAUUACGAUUAUGCGUCGCUGUUACACAGUUUGGCUGUUAAAAACACUCAUACGACGACACCCAUAACGCACCCCGCCCAUAACGCACUGCAACAGUUGUAGCCUGUGUGCAAUCAUUACUCUAGGCUUUAGCUGUUAGCUUGCAACUUUCUUUGUUACAAACCCAUUUUUUUCACUCUUCAUACAAUGACUAGUUUGUACAGAGUUGAGUAAGGUUUACGACAAAGGAGUUUGUGACAACAGCGUCUCGUGUAGAUCCACGCUUGUGAUGGCUAAAGCAGAAGUGUGAGUUUCACAAGACUAAAUAAACACACACACAAAAAAGGGAAAUAUUAGCCUUCACACACUGUGAUGAUGUGCAUCGAGUAACAACCUUUUCAAUGUCGUAAAGGUAAUUUGGAUUCCAUUGAGCACUAGAACAUAACAAAAGCAACCACAUGCUUCCGUUCCUCUCUCGCUUUCACUGCACUGUACAGUGCAGAGACUAGGAGCAGUUUCCUGAACACCGUCUUCACUCUCAGUCUGCAACUGACAUUGCGUGGGCCACCUGACUUGAUGUGUGUCUCUGCUGCCUUUAUGGUCUCCAGCUCCUCGACGACGACACUGGCUUCUGGAUAUGUCGCACAACUGCAGCACUCCCAAACUGGACAACGCCACUCUGUCGCUCCUUCAGAACGUGGAAGUCAGCAUCACCAUCUCGGUGAUCUACGUGGUGGUCACCGCCGUCAGCCUGGUCGGGAACUUGCUCUCCAUGUGGCUGCUGCUCUUCCACACCUCGCCCAAGACUUCCUCCGUCAUCUUCAUGAUCAAUCUGACCCUCACUGACCUCUCCAUUGGCGUAGCGCUGCCCUUCCAGAUUUACUACCAGCUUCAUGGCUACGACUGGGACCUGGGACCUCGCCUUUGCAGCUACCUGACUCUUGUCUUCUACACCAACAUGUACUGCUCCAUCUUGACCAUGAUGGCCAUCGGAAUUGACCGCUACCUUGGAAUAGUCAGACCUAUGCUCUUCAAACAGAUCCAGAACAAGAGGUCCAUCGCGGUGGUCAGCUGCCUCUUCAUGUGGGCGCUGGUGCUCAGCAUCCUCUACCCGCUGAUGACCACUGACUUGACCUUUCACGUCCAUGAACUGGAGAUAACCACGUGUUUCGACAUCCUGAAGAAAGACAUGCUGCCCAACCACGCGGCUUGGUCGGCCUUCCUCCUCAGCGUUAUUUUUGUGCUCUUUUUCUUCCCCUUCUGUAUCACCACAUUUUGCUACGUGCGUGUCAUCUGCAAGCUGGCGCAAGAUUCCAAGACGGAACAGAAGAAGAGAGCCAUUCGACUGGCCGUCGUGGUGCUGCUGGUCUACACGCUGUUCUUCGCCCCCAACAACAUCCUCUUCUUGACUCACUCGGUGCUCAGGCUCUUCUACAACAGGUCUCUUUACAUGGCCUACAAGCUGACGCUGUGCUUCAGCUGCCUCAACAGCUGCCUCGACCCUUUCAUUUACUACUUUGCCUCCAAGGACUUCAGGCAGAAGCUCAGGCAGGUGGUUCCUCUGCUCAACCAGAGCAGCACGCCGGACUCCACCAGGAUGGAGCAAAGAGAAAGCAUCUACUCAACACAGUGCGCUGUGGAGGCACGUGCAGGCGAAUGCAUCAAAGAGUGUUUGAUGCCACACCCUAGCACUGCUUAGACAUACAAACCUCGAGACAGGAAGUGAGACUGGUUGUGAUUAUAUUGUAGCAUACUCUUCUUCAAAAUGUUUUGUUUUUGUAUUAUGUAGUAAU